GGUGUUGGGGGGGGGGGGUGAUUAUAUUCAGUAUACUGUGGCCAUUAUGGGUUAUGGUCCUGAAGAUAAAAAUACAGUUCUGGAAUUGACAUAUAACUAUGGCAUCAGAGAAUAUGACAAAGGAAAUGGUUAUAUUCAGAUUGCAAUUGGUACAGAUAAUGUUUAUAAGACUGCAGAGGCUAUAAAACUUUCCGGUGGAAAAAUCAUCCGUGAACCUGGACCCUUGCCAGGGAUAAAUACUAAAAUCACAUUAUGCUUGGAUCCUGAUGGUUGGAAAACGGCAUUCGUCGAUAAUAUUGACUUUUUGAAGGAGCUAGAGUGACAGAAUCACUAUAUUUACUCCAUUCACACGGAGUGGCAACCACCUAUCAAGGUGUGUGACCGAAGAGAGUUUUUAGGGCAACUGAACUAUUACCAAGAACAUCAUUUACCAAUUUCCCUAUAAAUUAGAUUGCUAUUUCAAGAAUUAUCUGCUGAAACAUUCUAGAUAAUUGUUUAUUGUAGAUCCAUUAGUUAUCUGUUGUAAAGUUGAAACUAAUUAUGUAUUAUAUUUUGCUCAGUUUGUAUUUUUGAAGAAUACCAUAUCGUUUAGUUUUUUCGUAAAAAUAAAGAUCCAUUUUUAUGCCAAUUAUUGAUCUUCUCUAA